AUGGAUUCACAUCCGGUUCUGGAGGAUGUCCAACUGACGCCCCUUAUUGAGAAAUUAGUACAUCCUUUGCAAGAGGUUCGCCUCCGAGCCCUGAAGAAUCUACAUUUUAAGCUGGAGAAUGGGUUUAUACUUAUUGAGGAUUUGUUACAUGAACGCCAAUUAGUUGUAAAUUUAUUGCAAUGGUUCAACGUGCAGUCUACGUCUCUAUUAGCAAAAGAAAACUUAAUUUUACUGGAGAAAUUAUCACAGCAUGAUCCAGGCAUUGAUACAUUGAAGUCGAUAGGUGCAGUUGAAUUCCUUAAUCAAUUAAAGUUGGAGAUUGGGAUUCAGUUUCAUCAAGUCAUCGACAAUAUUUUACAUAAUAUAAGUUCUCGUGUUUGUUCUCAGCCCAAUCUUUCCGUGCGUGAGCCAAACCCGAGAAGUCAUAAUCAAGCUGAUGUCAAGAAUAAUCAAAAAUUCAUACAUCAUGGUCCACGAUUGCCAGAUGCUACUGGAAUGCUGACUACUGUCAACCUACCGAAGCAACUUUACAAGGUCGCUAAAGAAGAUAAAUUACCAGACAGCAAGAAUCGUAGUACUAUAUCGGCUCCAUUACUGGUCAACGAUUCAUUUCAUGAAUCAUUCACUCAAGAGACACAGCACUUCGAACCUAGGGACAUCAAUCGAGCUAAUUUUAUGAAGAAACGAAGUAAUGAAUUAGCCAUAAUCACCUUCCCUUGGAUUCAUUUAUAUAGUAGUGAUGAACACGUUUUAGCAACUACUCACAGUCGACUCCGAAGCCGAGACCCAUCUUUAGCAGAUAAAUCCUGCCAGUUUUUAAGUGAUGUUUUAUUUAAAGACUUUCCAGCUGAAAUUUUCAUCCAAAGACCCGCUAUAAUUACGGAUCUACUUGAUUUAACCCAAGCUUUGUCCAGUCAAGCUAAGACCUUACCAGUUCAAUCUGUUAGAUGCCUAAAAGAACUCUGCGUUUAUCUUGUUCAACGUAUUGGCUUCUAUCGUAGCACUUCUACUUAUCAGGCUUAUGGAGGAGCAGGUCAUACGGUUUCUAAUUCUCGCAGCGUUAUUAGCAAAUCAAUGUCGUCACGUGACUCGCCUAGUGACGGUGAAGAUGGCAGUUGUAUAUCUAGCUUUACUAAUAUUACUAGCGAAAUUUCCGAGUACAGAAAUAAAGGUGACAUAGAUGACAAUUGUGGUCGAUCAUUGCAACACUUGAGAUCUCGACAAUGGACGCUGCCAUACUUUUGCACGAUGGUAAUGACUCACACAAUUCCUUUACUAAAGGGAUUUGUUGGAUAUAGUGGUUGGAUCAAUGUUCCUUCGCAGGAAGUACUUAGCCUCCUGUAUGAUAUAUCCCGUAUAAUUGAUUUAUCGAUGCCUGAUGAGUUAUGGACAGAUAAUUCGAUCAUAAAAAAUGUGGCAGAUGAUUUACUACGAGUGUUCGACAUGUUUGCUGAGGUUCUACAGUUCUAUUACCACUUAAUAUAUGAUGAAGUAGACGAGUCCCAGGGGCACACUAAUCAACGACAUGAAUUAGAAGAUAAUGUUGUUAUGUGGGCUAAUAUUGGAGCUUUGGCUGUGAGAAUUGUGGAUCGUACAGUUCCUGUGGAGUUAGCUAACCGAGUUAUUCCAAGUAGCAUGAAAACUAUUUUCUCCUUACUGUGUAUGGAAUACGGAUUUAAUUCUCUAUAUCCUGAUUACGUGACUACCGUAAGGAAAUUCUUGUCUGCCUGUGAUACCAAAGCAUAUGAGAUUUACUGUGAUUUUUCGCAUAUCUUACGAUCAUUCCAUGCUGCUUCUAUGGUCAUACAUACAAAAAAGGAAUUCGAUGAGCAGUUUUUUAUUUCGGCGCUUGAAUCUUUGCCGGGAUUAUUUUAUCACGAUUCUGCUUCGCUACUUCGUGUUUUAGUACAUAGUAUCAUGGAUGUGAAAAAUACAUACCGUUGUUGUACUGAAAUUGUGAAGCGCGCAUUGGGCGAUGGCCAAGUUGCUACCACGAGUGCUAAAGCCUGUGGAAAUUUAACUUUCCUACUCAAUGAUAUUAUUUUACGCCAAUUAUCACUGUAUGGUCUGUACGACGAAAAUGAUGAAGUAUCCGCCAGUGCUAGAGAAAUCAUGAUCACAUUCUUUCAAGGACGAUACUUAAUGCCUGAAACUAUGUGGUCUGAUUACUUAUCGAAUAUUCACGACCUGUUUCCUUUUAUUCAGGGCUACGCAUGUAGAGAUUCGAAAUUUACCGAUUGUCUGCUAUCCGUAAUUGAAAACUCCGGUGUUAAAUUGGUUAAUACGUCUCAUCAAAUGCAUGAGAAUGUUUUCAAAAUAAGAGGUUAUCUUCGUUCUCUGUUUUGUACGGAUGAAAGCUUAAGAGAAAUGGCUUCGAAUAAAAUAAGAAAUAUUUUGGAGGCAGAUAGCUUAUUCGGUCGUGAGAAUUUUCAAACCUUAAACUUGACUGAGACUGACUUGCCGCAUUUUAAAGAUUUAUUUGAAGUUGAUGAAAGUGAUGACGAGGUUUUUAGCGAAUCUUCAAUACAAUCUAUCUUCCAGGCCGAUAGCGUUUUGCAACUUUGGUCAAUUAUUACAUCAAAAGAGACGGAGAUUUCUUUAAAGAAAUUGGCUCUUGAACAAUUAGCUACUUCACUCACAGAUAGUUACAUUUGUGACUUGUUAAUAAAUCGAAAUGCUACGGAAGAUAUUGUCAACAUCAUCAUGGAAGGUCAGGAGAGAAGUGAUACUGAAAAUAGUAUGGAAACUGUUGUCUUGUUACCUUUCGCUUUAAGAGCAUUGCAUCGCUUAUUGCGGUGGGAUGAAAAGAACCGACUUCGAAUGGCGUAUGAUUAUGAUGCAUAUAGGAUGCUACUGAGAUGUAUUAUAGCAUCUGAAAAAAGUAGUAGCUCGUAUCUUAAUGCCGUUCAUGCAUUAGUCUACUUACUUUUUGAUGAAGUAUCUCCCAGUAGAGUUUCUGUCUGGAUAUCAGAUGAUUCCGAGAAGCAUAAAAUACGCGAUUUUCGAUUUCCAAGGCGUUUAUCUUCCAGGAUGUCUUUAUUAGCGCGGUAUCCGACGUAUGAAUGUAAGAAUCCAUAUAAGGUUCAGCAGUUAUCAUAUGCGGAAAAUCUAUAUAGUGAACCGUCACAGACUUCCCUAAAAUUGGGAUGGAGUAUUUAUGUAGCUAAUAAUGUUGAAGACUUAAUUAAGAAACCACAAGCCAUUGAAACUGACAAGCUAUCAGCUAUUCCUGGAUCCAACUUAUGUGAUGAAAGACUCAACUGGAAUUUAGGCAUCGAGUCUGCGAGCAGUACGGUAAUAGAUUUUGAUAGUAAUUCAUUUGGUGACAGUGCUAAUACGCGUAAAUUGCUAAAGGUGAAAUGGUUUAAAAGCUUCAGCAGGUUUUUAAGUGUUCCGCCUUCUAGUACUGAUGACCAAAAUCUUUUGGCUGCGUUUUUUAAUUUCAUUGCAAUGCUCAUCAAAAAUAGCCCACAAGUUUACUGCUCCGAUCUUGUCAAUGAUGCUGUCCAUUAUUUAAUAGAUCCUAAAAUGCUAUGCGUCAAAAUCUUAAAGACAAUGAAUAAUUUCAUUGAUACUGAUCCUAAUUUUAAAGGUGAACAUAACAUCGAUACCAACAGACCGUGCUGGAGUUCUGGUUGCAACACAAUGGAACCUUUUCCCCUUUGUGUGAAGUUAUUGGCCUCUCUUUUACAGAUCAUUGUUUCUUUCCAUGGCGAAUAUGGGCAAUUUGUAUAUUCAUUCAUGGGUAAAGGAGUUACAAGAAGAGUUGCAUUAUGCUUAAGGCAUUUAAUGCAUGAAAUGCAACAGCUGAUGCCAGAUACGGUACGAUGGUGCGGAUUAGGUAUAGCAACUGAUCUGGUUCUACAACCUGAGGGUCUUAAAUUGCUAGAUGCAUGUUGCCAACAUAUCGAUGGAGGAAUCUGGAAUGUGUUGUUGACACUGCUACAUGAUAGCUCAGAAUGCAAUAUUAUUAAGUGUCAGGCUGCCGCAAUGCUAACAAGUCUCUUAACAGCUACAGACAGCGAUCCAUGCUCAUACCUUAACAUAAUUGAUGAAGAAUUGAAGGCAACUAAGAGGGGUUUGUCGGCGUUGCUGAUGCUACUGGACCGUAUCAAUUUUUAUCAAACUACUAUUACGAUUAUAAAGAAUGUAAAUGUCGUAGCUGAAAUCAACAAAAAUUGCUGUCAAGAGAUGCCACCGGAUAGCAAUUUUAAUAUCGCAUCUGGUAUCGACAAAACUGUGUCUUCUGGGUGCGAUGGUGAUUUUAAAGAGAUAUUGUCUCAGAAUUGGUACUUGUCUAAAGUGCAUGUUGUAGCUGAUGUACCUACAAAUUCUAAGUUUAUCUACGAAAUCUGCCGUCUCAUGGCGAAGUUAGUGGUAUUAUGCCCUAGCACCAUUGUGAAGGCGCUAUAUAACGAAGGAGUCCUGUAUCAGUUGGCAAAAUUGUUGGAGACGAGUGGACUAGACGAGCAGUUAAAGCUGCUUAAAAACCGGAUGUAUCGAGAAUUCUACGAAAUUCGGACUAUAAUACAGAUGUCAUCAGAAAUCAUAAAAUUAUUUACCUUAGUUUGUAAUAUCGAUCCUAGCAUUGGUUGCUAUUUCAUAAAGCGGAGGAUGAUAGUUUCAAGUCUUUUUCGUUUUUUAAGUGAUAAUGCUCAGGAAGAGGUUGCGUUAUGUAGGGAUUGUUAUUGCUUUUGGCAAACUAUCUUCCAGUUCUUUUCCACUGUUCUAUCGGUUGAUAGUCAAGAAAAUUACGAUUGCGCACUGGAAAUUUUUAAGAAUAACUGGAUUCUUUUUAACAAUGCCGUUGUGACAAUUUUGUCUUCCGAAAAAAGUACCAAUUCGCAACGAAAUUCGGCCCUAAAUUUAUUAUGUAUUAUUCUCGCUCGAGAGGGAAAGUAUCACUAUGAACAUUCAAAUGGGAAUACAGCUUCGUUUACAUCUCAAAUUAUAGAGUUAUUAGAGAUGGGAGAGGACGAGCCUAACGAAAGAAAGAAUGAUGAAAUAGGCAAUUCUAAAGACGAUGCUUUGUCGCACCAAAGUUAUAGCAUACAACUAUGUCACUUAUUACUGGAUUGUUACGAAGGGGCCAAUGUUAGAUGUCUCACUCUCACGGAUAAGAUUCCUUUAAUGUCUGCCUUAAAAUUGAUCCUCGCUUGCAGUCCUCGAGCUAAAUAUUUCGCUCUACAAAGCGGUUUCCUGGAUAGUAUAAUUGAUAGACUGAAACAGUUGCGAGCUCAGCUUUCGAUAUCUUUCCUCUCUGCUACAAAUAAAUUCGAAGCCAGAAAUAAAGUUCAAGGCAAUCUGUUACUAGAAAUUUCGCAAAUAUUAAAUAUUUGCCGUGGAUUAAUGUAUCGUGAUGAUUCGACGAAGAAUGCUGCUUUAUUAUGUGGACUGACUGAAGUUCUUUAUCGAUUAUGGCCUUGGUGUUUUGUAGAAUCUUCCUUUAUGUCAUCAGUCUUGGCGAUUAUGUGUACCUAUACUGCUGAUUUCGAAAAGGCUGCCAAAUCCUUUGCUAUCAAUUUUACUGGGAAGGAGUAUACCUCAAUAGAAACAAAUGAAGUAAAUUCUUCCUCUAGUAGUUCCCUGGUUUAUAAUAUUCUUAAAUUUUUAAUGCAAUCAAAUUGGAAAAAGAUGAAUACUCCUUUGACAUCUUCGAAUGAAAGCGCUCUGUUUGCGUUAAUAUCCAACCUAUCAUCCUCUGCUGAGUGUAGAAGCAUUAUGUGGAAGGCGAAUUUCCUGCAAGCGUUACACCCGCAAAAUGUUACGAAACAGUUUAUGAAGCAUAAUGUAGCGCAUUUGCGGCUAUGGUAUAAAAUAUUAGCGAAUUUGUCCUUCUCUAGAGAUGGCCAGCAAAUGAUGAUGAAAGUGGAAGGAAUAAUCCACGAUCUUUGCUGCAUGACUACCUCUUCUGAAUUCACACUUAGGAAGAAUGCGUUAUUAGUACUCAGAAAUAUGUGCUUUAAUAGCACUCUAAAGGCUCAUUUUUGGGCAAAUGGCUUAUUUUUAUAUACGUUCUACGUUGCGGCCAUAGAUGAUGUUUUACAAUGCUUUUCGAAGACGUUGGUAGCCGAAUCAGAUGUAAUGAAAGAAAUUGCGGUCUCUGCCUUGCUUGCGAUGAUCUAUAAUUGCCAAAAGGCAAAGCUUGCCGUGAAACGACUAGGAAUUCUAGACAAUCUCGAUAACAUAAUUGCUAGCGAAAAGGACAGCGGUAAGAAUGAUGCAGUACUGAUACGAAAUGCGUCGGCAUUGUUGGAUACUUUGCGUAUUGGCUAUUAG